AUGAUAAUUCUUUUCAUUAUAAUCUCUACAAUUCAUCAAACUGUGAUUUAUGAGUUUAAUGCUAUUUCUAACAUUAUAGAUAAUGGUAAUCAAAUAAUUUAGAUAUAUGUAUUAGAAUGGCAAAAUAAUUAGAACUUUGCUCAAAUCCAGACUUGCGGAGGGAUCCAAUAUUAUGGGGCAUCUGGUUAUAGUUACAUUAGCAGGAUCUUUUUAAAUCUAGAACCUCACUCUCAUUUUAUUAUAGAUGCUCAAUUUCUAAGGUAUUUAUUUUUUCUUAAUUACAAAAGUAUUGAUUCAAAUUAUCAAACAUUUAUUUAGUUAGACUCUUGGACAUAAAAUUCCGACCCUUUGAUAUCACCUUAAGGUUCAAUAUGUAAUGACGUCUAAAUUGAAAAUAUCAGAAGUUAUUCUAUAACUUAUAAACACAACAGAGGAAGCUUUUGGAUUUAUUUCCGAUCGCAUAAUGGAGGAUUAAUGUCAUUAAAAUUAACUAUGAUUAAAUGUUAGUAUGAAUCUGCUGCAUGCAUAGACAAUUAUCAUAUAAUUGGUUUAAAAUGGAAAGCUCACUAAUAUUCAUUAAAUGGGAAAGAUGUUACAUAAUCAGAAGGGUGGACUUUUUAAUUAAAUUAUUGGACUAACUUUUAUUGUGGAAAUUGCAAAUUUUUGAAAUUUUUGAAAGUUAAAUAUUAAACUGAACUACCACCUCAUCAAGAUGUAUUAAUAAGGUUUUUAAAAAGUGGUUAUCAGACUACAAUAGAAGUGGAUUACUAAUAUGAUAAAUAAACUUUUAGUAAUUGUUAUUACAUAGAAAUAUUAAUUAGAAAUUAUCGCAAUCCUAUAUUGUAACUGGUUCUUCAAUCCCCAAUUAAUUUAGAAUAUAACUAAAUAAGAGAUUUUGAAGUAUUUUAUACUGAGCUAGAAAUAAAAUUUAAGAAUUUGAAUGAAGGUUGUUUAGAAUAGAUAAAUGAUAAUUGUUUGAUUUGCCAAGAAGGUUGGACUUCAGAAGAAUUUCUAGAAAAAUGUCACCCAAUUUGUGGAGAUGGAAUUAUCCAAGGUUAAGAAGAAUGUGAUAAUCUAAUAUCUAAUCAUUCUUGUUAACAAUGUAAAUAUUCUUGCAUUGAAAAUUGCUAAAUUUGUUAAUUUGGAAUUUGUCUAUCAUGCGUAGAGGGAUUUGUAAUCAAUGCAAAUUUGAAUUGUGAUCCUUUGUGUGGGGAUGGCAAUUUGAUUCCAUAUACAGUUGAAGAAUGUGAGCUGACAGUUAAUGGUGUAUGGGAUGGUUGUUAGGAUUGCAGAUCUAUUCCAAUUGCUAAUUGUAAAACUAACCAUUUGUCAUUUUGCUUAGAAUGGGAAUUAGGAUUUUACAUGUUAGAAAACGUUUGUUCUCCUUAUUGUGGAGACAGAUUAAUUCUAUAAUAAUAUGAGGAUUGCGAUGACGGAAAUUUUCAACCUUAUGAUGGUUGUUAUUAAUGCAAGUUUCAAUGCAUUGAAGAUUGCAAUAUAUGUGAUCGAGGAUAAUGCACUUUAAAGUGCGAAGAUGGAUACAAGUUUGCUAAUAAUGAUUGUCUCUCAGUUUGUGGAGAUUAAAUUGUCACAAAAGAAGAAGAGUGUGAUGAUGGUAAUACGAUAAAAUUUGAUGGUUGUUUUUUGUGCAAGUAUUCUUGUCCAGAAAAUUGCUAUGAUUGUUAUCAAGGUACUUGUUUAGAGUGCUAUGAUCAAUACUAAUUACUAAAUUCAAAUUAGUGCUAAAAAUAAUUGCAUUGUGGAGAUGGAUAACUUUAGGAAUAAGAGGAAUGUGAUGAUGGUAAUACUAAUGCAUUUGAUGGAUGCAAAGGUUGUUUAAUUGAAUAGAAUUGGGUAUGUAUCACAAUGACAAAAAAUUCCCCUAGUUAAUGCGCAUUUGUCAAAGCUCCAAGCUUUUUUAUUAAUUAUCUAAAUAUGACAUCAAAUAAAUAAUAUAUAAGCAUCCAAUUUAAUUAAUAAGUAAAAAUAUAUACUGCUUAACCCUUAUCAGAAACGUUAAAUUUUGAAUUAUUAGAUAUAGACAAGAAACAAUGGAAUUGCAGCUUAUUUAUAAUAUAGGAUGUUGGAUCUUAUUUGAGUUUUGGAGAAUACAUUGUUGAAAUAGAAGUUUACUAAUUACUCAAGUUUCGACCCAUUUUGAAAAUAUUAGUAAAUCAGAAAGUAGCUAACGCAGAUAAUGCUGUUUUGGAUGAUUUUGAAAAAUAAAUAACAUUGUAAUAUCCAAAUUAUAUCAAUGAUAUGCAGAAAGAUUAUUCAUAUAGUUUGAAAAGUCUUAAUCUACAUUUAAUUUAUAUUUUAUCUGGGAUUACUAUUAUCAGUUUAUUAUUCGGAAGUGCAGAUUUAUUUGUUGAGAUUUUGGCAAUCCUUUAAUUUUAGCAAUACUUAAGAUACAUCAAUUUACAAUUCCCUGAAAAUUUAGAUAUUUAUUUUUCUCUGAAUAAUCUGAUAACUGUUUAACCUCUUUUGGAAUUUGUGUAUUUUCCACAAUUUUUAUAGUUGAUUGACAUUGAGGCGGAUUAAGAAUAUUCUGAUGGAAAAUUUAUUGUUUACAAACAAAACUCAAGCUUGAUCAUCAAUCUUUCGUGCCAAAUAUUUUAAAGCAUAAUAUUUUUAUUUGUUAUUUUGUUUCAUCAUUGGAUUAAAAGAGUACUGUAUAAAUGGAUAUUUUGUUCUAGGUACUUUUACUACAUGUCAUCGCUAUCAUUAUAUAUAAAUCGAAAAAUUAUUUUUAAAAUUAGUUAAAUAUGUUAUAAUUUUGGCCUUGA